CACAAUACUGAAAUCCGUCAUGACAUCCCUGGACACCAGUCAGUCCUCCAGCGGGCAGUCUGUCACUGAAUAUGUGGUACGGGUUCCCAGGAAUCCCAGUAAGAGAUACAAUCUCAUGGCUUUCAAUGCUGAAGAUAAAGUGGAUUUCUCCACGUGGAACCAGGCUCGCAUGGAAAGAGACUUGAGCGCUAAGAAGAUGUAUCAGGAAGAGGAGCUUCCAGACUCUGGAGCAGGGAGUGAAUUCAACCGCAAACAGAGAGAGGAGUCCCGGAGGAAGAAAUACGGUAUUAUCCUAAAAGAAUUCAAGACAGAGGACCAGCCGUGGGUUCUGCGGGUGAACGGCAAAGCAGGACGCAGGUACAAAGGGGUGAAAAAAGGUGGCGUGACGGAGAACGCCUCCUACUACAUUUUCACUCAGUGCCCUGAUGGAGCCUUUGAAGCCUUUCCUGUCUCAAACUGGUACAACUUCACUCCAUUGGCCAAACAUCGUACCCUGACUGCAGAGGAGGCCGAACAAGAAUGGGAAAGACAUAAUAAAAUCCUCAAUCACUUGAGCAUCAUGCAACAGCGUCGUCUAAAAGACCAAGGGGGAGAAGAUGAGGAGGAGGAGGAAGGUGCGGCAAAGCAAGAUAAGGGAGGAAAGAUAAAGAAUGACUUAAAAAUUCACGAUAUAGAGGAUGAACCAGACCGUUCCAGUGAGAGUGGGGAAGAAGGAGAGCGUCGGGUGAAGCCCCAGAAAAAGCCUGCUGCUCAGAGCAAGAAGCAAGAAUCUGAUAACGAGGCGCUCGAGGACAGUGAUGAUGGCGACUUUGAGGGACAGGAAGUGGAUUACAUGUUUGAAAGCAGAGCAAAAGCUGUGGUCCGGAGAGAGCUUCCAAAGCAUCAGAGGGAUCUCAUUGUUGAAAGAUAUCGGUCAGGAGAAGGGUACAAGAAGAUUUCCAAAGCGUUAGAUAUACCGUGGAACACAGUGAAAGCAGUCAUUAUCAAGUGGAGAAAAUAUGGCACAACAGAGACAUUACCAAGGACUGGACGUCCCUCCAAAAUCGAUGAAAAGACGAGAAGAAAACUGGUCAAAGAGGUUUGCAAGAGGCCUACGGCAACCUUAAAGGAACUGCAGGAAUUUCUGGCAAGUACUGGCUGUGUGCUACAUGUGGCAACAAUCUCCCGUAUUCUUCAUAUGAAUGGGCUAUGGGGUAGGGUGGCAAAACGGUGAACCAUGGUGGUGGCAGCUUUGGGGCUGUCUUUCUUCAGCUGGAACCGGGGCCUUAGGGUGGAGGGAAUUAUGAACCGUUCCAAAUACCAGGCAAUUUUGGUGCAAAACCUUCAGGCGUCUGUUGGGAAGCUGAAGAGGGAGUUCACCUCUCAGCACGGCAACGACCCAAAACACACAUCCAAAUCCACAAAAGCGUGGCUUCACCAGAAGAAGAUGAACGUUUUGGAAUGGCCCAGCCAGAGCCCAGACCUGAAUCCAUUUGAACAUCUGUGGGGUGAUCCAGGAGGACCGGAGAUGUCCUCGCAAUCUGACAGAUGUGGAGAGCUUUUACAAAGAAAAGUGGGCAUGUAUUACCACGUCAAGACAUGCCAUGCUAAUAGACUCCUACCCAAAAAGACUGAUUGCUGUAAUAAAAUCAAAAGGUGGUGUAACAAAGUAUUAGUUUAAGGGUGUGCACGCUUACGCAACCAGGUUAUUGUGAGUUGUUUUCAGUUAUUUCAGUUUGUUUUGCAAUUGAAUUGUUCACGUUAUAGGUCACAUUAAAGGUGGGAAAAGUUCUGACAUGA